AUGCCAUUAGAAACUAUUAAAAAUCAUUGUAUAAAAAUAAAGCCAUCUUUGAAACUUCUAAAUUUUAUAAUAAAUAAUAUGAAAAAUAAUACAAAUAUUCCAGUAAAUAUAUCUGUAUUACAAAAUAAUUACAAGAAUAAACAUAGAAAUUAUUUUUUAUCUGUAAAAGAUAUUAGAUGGUUAAAAUUAUGUAUAUUAGAGCAACAAUAUAAUUACAGUGAAAAAAUUUAUAUUCAUGAACUUUUUGAAGGAGUUCAUAUUAUAUUACCUGAAUAUAAAAUUACUUUAAGAAAUGCUAAAUUAGAAGCAAGAAUAAAAAAACUGCAAGCUCAACAAAAUACUAGAGAUUAUAAAGCAAUGACUAAAGAUGUUGAUAUUUUUAGAAAGCAUUUACCAGAAGAUACAAUCGCUUUUCAAAUGAAACUUAUAAAUAAACAACUUAUUGCUGUUGCACAAUUUGUAUUUUCUGUGAUUGCUGGUUUCACAUUUGGUUUUAUUGGAGUUGAAUUAAUAAUUGGUAAUUUAGACUUUGGCUUUAGAUUAUUACUUGGAAUAAUAUGUGCAUUAAUCGUAGCUCUCGCAGAAAUUUAUUUUUUAGCUAAAAAACUUAGUGAACAAUAUGAUAUAUCAUCUGAAUGUAUAGUUCAAAAAUUACAUCAAGAAUGAUUUAAUUAAUUUUAAUUAUUAAAAAGUAAAUAAUAUAGACAGUAUAAAAUGUAGUU